UGCCUGGUCAAGACAAGACGUACAUUAUUGAGAAUAAAAUAGCAGAUAUGCAAUUAAGGGUGACGAACAUUGCAGAUAGCCACAGAUGUUGUGUUUCUCUUUUACCAGACAAAGUAAUAUCAACCAAACUACAAACGAAACCAGUUGACCUUAGAGAACACAUAAGAUGUCGCAGUAUAACAGUAGAUGAUGGUUUCACUGUGAAGCUUUACAAGUGCAGUUUGCAAAACAAUUAUUGGUUAGGACAGAAUACGUUGAUUCUAAAUGUUGGACAUAGCGCUGGUGAUGAUACAUCCACCAUCAAAUGUAAGGUAAAUUUAAUUCAACCAGGCCAUGCUACUAUAUGCCUGCCUAUCUGGAAGAUAACGAAAGAAAAAGAUUACCUGCAAAAACUGAUGACAGAAAUGAAGGAUUAUGUCAAAUCAGCAAAACUUCAAGGACUUCCUCCUAUGUCUAUCGAUUUGUCUGAAGUUGAAAAAGUGAGAUGGCCUGUCGUUCAUUUUCUAGGAACAAUUUUGUUAUCCUUCAUUUUUAGUCGACCAACUUAUUUUCAGGUCUUUGCUCCAUCGGACGACAUAUUUGAACCAAGUUUCAACAUUAUAAACCAAUGGUGUCAGUUGGAGAAAGGAUUUUUGAAGCAAAAAUUGCAGAUUAAUGUAGUGAAAGGCGAAUUGGCUGUAAUGAAAUGUGACGUCCUUGUGAAUGCCACUAAUCGUGAAUUUGAUUUAUCAAGAGAAAUGGUUUCUAAAGCAUUACUAAAAGCUGCUGGUGUUGAUCUUCAGCAUGAUUGCGACAUGACAAUAAAAGGCAGAAAGAUACAGUCCACUGAGGUAGUUGUAACAGGAGGAUACAAUUUAUCAGCGAAAAAGGUUUUUCAUGGGGUUCUUCCAAGAUUUAAAAAAGAGAACAAUAUUCAGCAGUAUGAAUCUUUCAUCAAGAAUUGCCUUAACACAGCAGUAGAUUUGAACAUGAAGAGCAUCGCAUUCCCUGCUCUCGGAACAGGAAAGCUCAAUUAUCCAUCAAAUACAGCAGCCUCUACAAUGUUUCUGGCAGUAGAAGCAUUUGCAUCUGCCAACAACGUAGGAUCUCUGACUGAAGUAAACUUUGUCAUAUUUCCAGCUGAUACAAGCGUAUUACAGGUAUUUGAAGCAGAAGAACAUAACAGAAAGAAAACAGCUUCAGCGGGUAAAAUGUUUGAUGAUUCUGAUGUGGCUUGCCCUGAUUUUGCAACAUGCACUGUACAAGUUAUUGGACCAACUGAUAAGUUGAUACAAGAAACUUUUAAACAGAUAGAAGAAGCAUUUAAUAGGAAUGGAAAAACGGACCAGGGAAUUCGAUCUGACAGAGUAGCCCAGCUGAAAGCAAGUGUUAAACAUGGCAGCAAAUAUCCUAAAGGUGAUAUACAAUAUCUACAGCAUUUAAUGAAUGCAAUGGAAGAUUUACGUCCUGACUCGUUGGAUAGAAGACAAAACAUGACUUAUUCAUCACACAAUUUCCCGAUGGCUGGCACAGUAUGGAUCAGCGAAAAAAUGAUAAAAACUUCUCAGUUGAUUCAAGUGAGGUCACCAAUUCUCUACAGACCAACAGAAGACUCGAUAACAAAAAUUACAAAUGAAGGAAUUAAAAUAUUUGUCUAUAAGGCAGAUAUAUGUUAUCUAAGUAACGUAGACUGCAUAGUAAAUCCGUCCAGUAGUAAAAUGAAGGAAAUCGUUGGUUUAACGAAUAUUGUCUUGGGAGCUGGAGAAGAAAUGAAAAAGGAAUGCUCACAAUACAUUGAAAAGCAUGGAGUAUUACGUGAAAAGUGUGUGUGCAUUACCACAGCUGGAAAUUUGACUCACUACAAGAAAAUACUUCACGUAAAGGCGCCUGCACGGAAUGAAUAUUUGACAAUUGAUGCAAUUACAGAAAAUAUUUCGGCAGCAAUAAGGAUUUGUUUGUCACAAGCCAACAUGGAUAAUAUGACUUCAAUAGCUCUUCCGCCCAUUAUCACAUUAGGAUUUAAUACAGUUUGGAAUAAAGAUAUAGUUAAGACAUACCCAGAAUGCGUUAUGAAAUAUAGCAAAGAAGCAGACAUGCGAAGAAAUAUUAAAGAAAUACAUUUUGUUCAUACGGAUCAGGCAGAAGUGGAGGCGAUACAUUCGGCUUUUUUGCAAACUAUUCCCGAUAGUUAUGCUGAUGAACACAUUAAAAGGAAAGAUAGAGCAAGUGAACUUUUGGGACAUGCAGAUAUGAAUGAGUUUCAUGUUUUAAAAACGAACACGAACACGAACACGGAAUCUUUGAAAUUCCCAAUAAGCAAAAACAUUAGUCACAAGACUGGCAAAGUCAAAAUGUAUCAAUCGAUGCCUUAUUUGUUUCCGGAUGGUUCUGAGAAUGUUCCGUCAAACUGGACAGGUAUGGAUGCAAAUGAAAUGAUAUCAACAGUUGUGUUAAAACCACAUGAUCAGGAAUAUAAAGAUGCUGUUGAUGAAUUCAAACAAAGAUCUACAAGACAUUAUGACAUUAUCAAGGUUGAAAGAAUACAGAACAAAACUUUGCACCAGCAAUAUAUAGCCAGAAAGAAAUUAAUGGAUUCUAUCAACCCUUUCAUGCACAACAAUGAACGUAAAUUAUGGCAUGGCACUACACUGGAUGCAGUCGAUGGUAUAAAUACCUAUGGUUUCAACAGAGGUUAUUGUGGAAAAAAUGCUGCUUCCUAUGGCAAUGGAGUAUACUUUGCCGUAAAUCCGUCAUAUUCGACGAAGACACAAUACUCGACGCCUGACCAUAAUAACAAUAAAAGGAUAUAUCUAUGUAAAGUUCUCGUCGGCGAGUAUGUUAAAGGACAACGGGGCAUAAGAGUACCUCCACAAAAAUAUGGGGCGUCAAGAUCACACAUUUUAUACGAUAGUGUUGUUGACAAUCCGUCAUCACCAGGAAUGUUUGUUAUAUUUCACGAUUCUCAAGCUUACCCUGAGUAUCUAAUUGUGUUUAGAUAAUCAGACAUUGUUUUCAAUCAAUGUUGAAAUAAUUAGAUGCACUCCAAAUUUGGAACAGUGUUACUCUGUAUAUACGAUUAUUUUGUGACAUUAUAAAAAGAACUACAUACUAGAUUGAUGGUAUAAUUAACAAGUUAUUGUUAUUGAGAAAUUCUUAGAGUCAGUUGAAAUUCAAUUACUUGUUCAAGACAAUUAUAACUGCUACUACUUACAGGCUGAGGGCAACCUGCUACAGCUGGGUAGAAAUACAAAUUAAUGAUUAGAGGAAAUAAUACAAGAAUUCUCUACGCACAUCAAUUCACAGAACUAUUUGGAUUAAGAGCAAAAUUUGGAUUAAUACAAAUAUCUGAAUGUGAAGUAAAAAAGAAUUAUUUAAAAAUCUUAAGAUGUCUAUUAGGUGAAUUUUUCAAUAUUUCUGUCACUAGAAAAUUGAUUUCAAGUUUUUUGGAAGAUUAAACUCUAAGUAAAAGACACAUAGGUUGUUUUGACUUAGUUAAUCAAUUUUUUCUAUUAUUAAGGUACCAGAGAAAUAUAUUAUACUAUCAUAUGACAAAAACAUUGAUUUUCUUUUGUUCUUUUCUAAAUUAUUUCUAGAUAUUUCCUCCUUUUAAAUUAUAACAUAUAUACUUACAGACUAAAAAAAUGAAUACUAAUACUUAAACGUUGUAGCUCGCUAUAAUUUUAUAGUAGGGAAAAGUGAAGUAUUUAUUUUUUAAUGUUAAUCGUUAUAUAUAUCUACUUGUCCUAUAACAAACCCGUAUUUGAUUUUUCUUACAUAUCAAUGUUUUUUUUACUUUUUUUAUUGACAGUUUUUAAAUGUAUAUUGUUUUAAGAGUACUAAAAUGAGUUUAAUUCUUAAUGGCUAGGAAAGUACAAAAUUGAAAAGGCGAACUUUCGCAAAUUUUCUUGUUUGCUUGUCAUAUUUUUCCGGGGAUUAACUUGCUCCAUAACAACAGCAUUAUAGCCUUCGGAAUAUUUUUGCAUAUUUUUAAAAGUGAAUUUUUUAUCCGUCUUCGAAAUACAUAGUUACCCGUAAAGGAAGAUACUAUGAUUAUUUUGACUAUCGGGAAAUAGAGAAGACUUGAAUUAAGAUAUUGCAAGAAAAUUAUCAACUUUCUGCAUCUAAAUCAAGACACAGGAAAGGACGAUGUAUGAUAACCAUGUUCACCAAAACAUCUUGCUAUACACUUUACGUUUUACAAAAUGUAGGUUCAUAAUGUUUUCUCAAUAAACAUAUAGUUAGACGUAAGGGGUAUGUAACAAUAAAGUGACAUAACAUUUA